UAAUACAUUAUCGUAUUAACUGCAAAGAGUUGAGAGGCUGAUGUAACGUGAAAAUAAAUAGUUUGAUAGAAACAUUUCUGAAACUAUGAGAAUGUGUUUUUCUUUUUAAAGAGGGACACAUCAAACCUCCUCUCAGCUGAAUUUGUGAAAUGUAAAAAUGUGAGCAGUGUCUUUCACAGUGUGAGCUGAGGUGUUGAGUCAGGACUGAAAUCCCACACCGUAUUUUAGUGUUUGCCUGAGCGCGCACAGGCAGCAGCCACGAUCCAAACUUCCGCGCUCCACACCCUGUUUUCCGGGGAGCCUGCGGAGAUCCAGCCCUUCAACACGCUUCUCUCUUACGUCCCGUCCGUGAGCAGUGAGCUGGCCGCGGCGGAGAUUUCUUCCUCUGCUCGGAUCUAAUCUUUUUUUUUUUAAACCUCCCCUGGCUCAGCUCUCUCCAAGUCGCCUUCCUCUGCCUUUUACGCACGGGAAUCUGGCACAUAUCGUUGGGGAGUGGAGUCGGCGGCGCGUCGCUCUCAGCGGUGGUUUUUUCGUCCUUGCGCUGCGCCUCCGUGGCCAUGGAUUGAUUUCAGUGUUUUCUCUUCGACCUCUCGCCUCGACACAAGUUGAGAAAACAGUGUGCGCGUCUCCAACCUGCGGCUUCCUCCCUCCAGCUCCAUGUUCCACCCGGACACUUUGAAAAACUACCUGGCUCCGGAUGUUUCUGCGCAUUAUAGCACUUUGAACUUUUAUUUUUGAUAUAUAUUUUCUUUUUGUGGGGUUUCGUCCCUUGUUGCGCAUUUUUCCCCCCAGGAGGUGACCCCGGGGGUGGGAUUUUACGGAUUCUUCUUUUUGUUUUCUUCCAUCUAUUGAAAGUGAAGCCUCCUCUGGGUUCCUGAAGCCUGCAAAGAUUCAUUUGUGAAAAGUGAUGGCCGAGCGGGGAGCUCUGUGGCUCCUCUCUCUCCUCUGUCUCACCUUUCUCUGCACGGAGAGCACCGCGGCAAAGCAUGUCGACAAAGGUUCAGCAGCGCAGCCCUUCAUCCCCUUCUGGUUCACAGUGGAGCCCCAGGACACACUGGCCAUUCGGGGCAACUCUGCGGUGCUCAACUGCACAGCCCACAGCGAUACUGCCACACCGGUACGCAUAGAGUGGAAGAAAGACGGCACCUUCAUGAGCCUGGUAUCGGACGAGAGACGGCACAUACUCCCUGACGGUGUCCUGUCCUUCACCCAUGUGGUCCACUCCAAGCACAACAAGCCCGAUGAGGGAACCUAUCAGUGCGUCGCCACCAUCGACAACGUGGGAUCCAUUUCCAGCCGCACGGCGCGCCUCUCUGUAGCAGGGAUGCCCCGGUUUGCCAGCCAGCCAACACCGGCCACGGUGCGUCUGGGGGACAGUCAGGUGAUGGCGUGCGAGGUCAACUCCGAUCUGGUGCCCUUCACUCGGUGGGAGAAAGACCGUCAGCCACUGGAGCUGAGCCCCAGGUUGCUUCAGCUGCCAAGUGGAGCCCUUGUGAUCAACAAUGCCUCGGAGGCGGACGCUGGCCUCUACCGCUGUCUGGUGGAGAAUGUGGGAUCGUCCAAGGCCAGCGACGAGGCCCAGCUCCGAAUACUGCCAGAAACUGAAGAGGAGAGGAAGCCGGAGUUCCUGGUGCAGCCUGCGGCUGUGAACAAGGUGGUGGGAAACAGCGUGCUGCUGCCCUGCGUGGUCUCUGGUUUCCCUGCGCCGCACGUCCGCUGGAUGCUGGGAGACAAGCUGCUGGAAGAAAGCGAGGGUCGGGUAGAGGUCUUGGGAGGAGGCAGUCUCCAGAUCUUCAAUCUCACAGAGGAGGAUGCCGGCGUCUACACCUGCAUGGCGGACAAUUCUAACGCCACCAUCGAAGCCCAGGCCCAACUCACAAUACAAGUUCCGCCCCAGUUCGUCAAGCGGCCGACCAACAUUUAUGCCCACGAGUCCAUGGACAUCGUGUUUGAGUGCGAAGUCUCGGGGUCACCAGCUCCCACUGUCAAGUGGGUCAAGAAUGGAGAUGCUGUCAUCCCCAGUGAUUACUUUCAAAUAGUUAAGGAGCACAACCUGCAGGUUCUGGGUCUGGUCAAGUCUGAUGAGGGGUUUUACCAGUGCCUUGCAGAAAACGAUGUCGGCAACAUCCAGUCCAGCGCCCAGCUCAUCAUCUUGGAUCACGAUGUAUCCCUGCCCUCUUUCCCCCCCCCUCCACUGACUCCUAACACUACUGACCAUGUAACGCCAGGCUCUGGAGGCGUAGCCGGUCCAGCAGGGCCCACUCCCUCCGCCCCUCGCGACGUCGUGGCUUCGCUGGUCUCCACCCGCUUCAUCAAGCUGACCUGGCGGCAACCGGCCGAGCCGCACGGAGACGAGUUAACCUACUCAGUUUUCUACAGCCUGGAAGGCACUAGCAGGGAGCGAGUGGUGAACACCAGCCGUCCGGGGGAGAUGCAGGUCACCAUCCAGAGCCUCAUGCCAGACACCAAAUAUCGCUUCAGGGUUGUGGCGCACAACAGCAACGGCCCGGGGGAGAGCUCUGCAGCGCUCAAAGUGGCCACCCAGGCUGAAGUCCAAGUCCCCGGCCCUGCUCCUAACCUGCAGGUUGUGUCGAACACGCCGACCUCCGUCUCCCUGAGCUGGGACAAACCUCUCACCGGCAACGGCGAGAUCCUCACCUACAAGUUGUACUACAUCGACAAAAGCUUCGGCAGUGAACAGGACGUUGACAUCGAUGGUCAGUCCCACACCAUGACCGGGCUGAAGAAGAACACAGAGUACAGUUUCCGUGUGGUCGCUAACAACAAGCACGGCCCAGGCGUCUCCACGGAGGACAUCGCCGUUCGAACCCUGUCUGACGUACCAAGCGCUCCUCCUCAAAACCUCACUCUGGAGGUGCAGAACUCAAAGAGCAUCAUGCUUCGCUGGCAGCCCCCUCCCCUCAGCGGCCAGAACGGGGAGAUCACGGGCUACAAGAUCCGGUAUCGCAAAGGGUCGCGGAGGAGCGAGGCCGCAGAGACAACCGGAGGCACCCAGCUUAUCAAGCUCAUUGAUGGUCUGGAGCGUGGGACGGAGUACUCGUUCAGGGUGUCGGCCGUGACGGUGAACGGCACCGGACCGGCCACCGACUGGACGACGGCGGAGACGUUUGAGAGUGACUUGGAUGAAUCACGAGUCCCGGACCAGCCCAGUUCUCUCCACGUGCGGCCGCUGAUCAACAGUAUCGUGGUGAGCUGGACGCCGCCAGAGAACCAGGACAUCGUGGUUCGAGGUUACACCAUCGGCUACGGCAUCGGCAGUCCCCAUGCUCAGACCAUCAAAGUGGAUUACAAGCAGCGCUACUACACCAUCGAGAACCUCGAUGCCAGCUCCCACUAUGUGAUCACACUCAAGGCGUACAACAACGUGGGUGAGGGGAUUCCUGUGUACGAGAGCGCCAUCACCAGGCCACAGUCAGACCCCAUUGACCCCGAUGUUGACUUGUAUGAACUCUUCCCUGCUCCAUACACCCCAGUACCAGACCCCUCCCCCAUGAUGCCGCCCGUGGGUGUUCAGGCCUCGGUGCUGAGCCACGACACCAUCAAGGUGACGUGGGCCGACAACUCGCUGCCCAAAAACCAAAAGAUCACAGACAACCGUUUCUACACGGUGCGAUGGAAGACCAACAUCCCUGCCAACACCAAAGUGAAGAUGGCCAACACCACCAGUCUGAACCACAUGGUGACGGGUCUGAAGCCCAACACGCUGUACGAGUUCUCCGUCAUGGUGACCAAGGGCCGGCGCACCAGCACGUGGAGCAUGACUGCACAGGGCACGACGUUUGAGACCAUUCCCAGCUCGUCUCCGAAGGACGUGACUGUGGUGAGCAAAGAGAACAAACCUCGCACCAUCAUCGUCAACUGGCAGCCGCCCUCCGAGGCCAAUGGGAAGAUCACUGGUUACAUAAUCUACUACAGUACGGAUGUAAAUGCGGAGGUCCACGACUGGGUUAUUGAACCGGUGGUGGGAAACCGCCUGACGCACCAGAUCCAGGAGCUGACGCUGGACACCACCUACUACUUCAAGAUCCAGGCCCGCAACUCCAAGGGCAUGGGCCCCAUGUCUGAGGCCGUCAACUUCCGCACUCCAAAGACUGAGUCCUCUGACAAAAUGGCUAAUGACCAAGCAACGCAGAGUAGCCGCAACCAGGACCCACAAGACCAUGGGACGUCAGUUGGUAAAUCAGGGGUGGGAAGCAACAGUGAGAAUCACAUCGUGGUCAUCAUCAUCAUCAUCUCAGUGGGAGCCUUCACCAUCAUAGUGGUGGUGGUUGGCGCCUUCCUGUGCACACGACGCACCACGUCCCACCAGAAAAAAAAGCGAGCCGCCUCCAAGUCCUCCAACGGCUCCCACAAGUACAAGGGAAACGCCAAAGACCUGAAGCCGCCCGAUCUCUGGAUUCACCACGAGAGGCUGGAACUCAAACCCAUGGACAAGUCGCCAGACCCCAACCCAGUCAUGACCGAGACGCCCAUCCCCCGCACCUCGCAGGACAUCACGCCUGCUGACAGCGGCCUGGACAGCAACCCCCACCUGCAGCAGAGGCGCAACUCCUACCGCGGCCACGAGUCAGAGGACAGCAUGUCAACACUAGCAGGUCGACGAGGGAUGAGGCCUAAAAUGAUGAUGCCUUUUGAUGCGCAGCCACCUCAGCCUGUGAUUAGUGCUCACCCCAUCCAUUCCCUCGAUAACCAUCACCACCAUUAUCACAUGGGCAGCCUGGCGUCGCCGACACGGAGCUACCUCUACCACCAGGGUAGCGGCCACUCACGUCCGCAUGCCUGCGCUUCCCCCAUCUCCCAUCUAGACAGGGUGGACUCUACAGAGUCGGUAAGGAACACCCCCAGUUCGGAGCCCCUCCCUCCAGCCACCGCCUCCUCCCAGGUCUCCUGCCCCUCGGAGAUCAUGGUUGACCCUGAGGGCAGCUACCACGGCUCCACCACCACAGAGGAGGAGCCCAGCUACUCCAGCAACCUGCCCCCGCACCGCUCAGCCCACCCGCACGCCCACGCCCACCCGCUCAAGAGCUUUGCUGUCCCAGCAAUCCCAGCCACCAGCCACCCGUCGUACGAGUCGCCCGCCCUGCCCAGCACGCCCCUGCUCGCUCAGUCUGGGCCGCCCACUCACCCCCACGUUGUUAAAACAGCCUCCAUUGGAACACUUGGAAGGACACGAACACCGAUGGUGGUCACUGUGCCCAAUGCCCCUGACGUCCCAGAGACCAGCAAGAUGUUGGAAGAUGUAGACAGCGUGCUUGCCUCCCUCCCCCCCUGCCCCUCUCCCGCCCCUCGCAGUAACCCUGUUCCUCUCCCUCAGAACUACGAGCCCGACGAGCUGACCGAGGAGAUGGCCCACCUCGAGGGCCUGAUGAAGGACCUGAACGCCAUCACCACAGCGCCAUGAGCACGCACACACACACACACACACAGACACACCUCUCUCCGUCAUCUACACACACACACACACACAAACAUACAGAAAGACACACACACACUCUCAAGUCAAACAAACGCAAUCAAACGCAAACCUUUUGAGCCAGAGGCUGGUGGACACAAAAUGGCUUCUUGUGCCCAAGAGAACUCUCACACCCCCCUGCAGAGAAAAGAAAACUCCAGACUGAAACUCAGAAACUUUUUUUGGCUUACAUUGCUCAGUCUCAGGAGAUCGCCAUGAGAGGGAAAAAAGUGAGAAGCUUCAUCUUUUUAUGAAGAACCAUUCUCAGAGACAAUGAACACUAAAAACAUUGGUCGCUUUCAACCAGAAGAUUGUGAAUUUUUUCCUCAGCAAAAAUACGUACGGUAGGUUUUUCUGUGGCGAACGCUCGCUCACGGCGAGAAAACGGUUGAUUCAGUGUCAAGUGAAAUGGAGAAAGUCCAAAAAUAUGCUGGUUUCGAUGUCGGUGCUCAUGCGGCGCAGUCUACACACAGUGUUUGUUUGAUCCGUGUUUUCUUUGUGCAUUUUGUAUAACUAUUGGGCCGUUUCAGUGACGUGAACAUUGGAUAUCAGCCUCCUUUUACAAGCCGACAUUAUUCAUAAAAAAUUUUGUUUUUACCCCUUGUGUCAUAUAUUGUGCCAUGACUUUCUAUUAUUUUCUAUGUUAUUAUAUUAUUUUUUUUACACACAUAUCCUUAUAAACAUGUACAUAUGUUGUUUUUUUGUUUUUUAAACUGCCUCAUCCUUUUUGAUGUUUCCCAUUGUUUCAUCAUCAUUAUUAUUAUUAUUUGGAAUGAAAAUGGGAUUAUAAAUGAGUCCUGAAGCUCAGUUUUCAUAUCAACAGGAGCGAGAAGCCUGACGUGUUUCUACAGUACAUUCUCCUCUGGCAUUGUGUUGCCCCCUUUGUACAUUAAAAUGUCCUUUUUUUCAGUCUUUUGUUUGUUGUGGGAGCUCCGUUUUAAAAGCCUUACCAACGUGUUUGUGUGUCGGAGGGUCGGGACGACUCGGCCCUCCGCAGAUGUCGCACCUCUGCGUCUCUCUGUGGGACUUGACAGUUUCUCCUCACAGGUCUGAGGUACCUAGGACUCAGGGCACUGACCCCCACCCCACCUAAAAACACAUUAAAAAAAACAUCACAUGGCACCUGCUUAAUCAAUCUCCUGCAUCAGACCAGUUAUCUUUUAUACGAAAUGUUCGAUCAGAUGUGUGUGUGUGUCAUUUCCAAAAGACAAUAUUUGGUUUCAGACAUCUGUGCAGCUGAACCAAGUGUGUUUGUUUGCUCUCCCCCCUGCUGUCCAUCAUCCAAUGCCACGACCUGGUUGUUUUACGAACCUAAUACGAUGCACAGAUGUUGGCCUUUUGAAUGGGACUCCCAGAUUUUUUUUUUUUACAUGGUAGUUUUUGUAUGAAGAAAAAAAAGAAGCUUGUUCUAUACACAAAUCCAAUGUAAAAAGGAAAAAAAUGUUCAUCUAAGAAACUAGUUUUUCAUCACCCUCUUACCCAAAGAAAUUUGUCAUUUGCAAUCAUAGUAAUUUGCUCUACUUUUUGUGAAUACCAUAUUUCUCAUUAAUGUGCAUCAUCAUGAAUGUCAAUAUAACUGUAAGAGAUUUUAACUAUGGAUACAAACAAGGAACAAGUUUUGUUGGUGGGAAAAAAAAAGAUUGAAAACAAAGAGGGGAGAAAAAGGACCGGACUCCAUUUGGGAAAUAAUCUAUUGAGUUGUAAACAGUUGAACCUGUAUUGCACUUUUUCACAAUUUUUGAAAAGUACAUUUCUUACAUAUCUUGUGUUUUAAAUAUCAGAAGCUGUUUGUGUAACGUAGUGUCCUAGGUAAGCAGCAGGCAGCUGGUCUUGUUUUUAUGUUUAUUUUUUAUUUGCUUCAGAGAUGAUAUGAAUUUGAGCAGCCGGGUUGUUUACUUUGUGGCUCAUGAGGAAUUCUGUUGUUGCUUGUUCAUGUACAGAGCUUUCUUUGCUUUCUGUAGAAAAAAGAUCUGUGGCUUUUUAAAAAAUGUUGGAAAAAAAAAGGUUUGGAAAAAAAGAUGUUUUUUUAUUGGUGCUCCUAUACAUUGUGUAUACAAACUAUUAUGAAUACUAACAAAGUAAA